UAAAAAUGUUGCGUUCACUUUUCCUUAGCAUCCUUCUGUCAUUUCUUUUUGUUACUCUUUUUAAUGAAAACCAGUUUGUUGCGGCUUCCAAGCCUGGCGAGAUGCCGUAUAGACCCUUGGGCAUUGGUCUUGAGUCAGCACCCUUCUACAAGCCGGAUUCUUCUGGAAUGUUUUCGUGCAUCGAUGGAUCCAAGAAGAUCCCUUUCGACCAAGUGAAUGACGACUACUGUGACUGUGCUGACUCAAGUGAUGAGCCAGGAACUGCUGCCUGUUCCGACGGGCGUUUUGUGUGUGCGAACCAUGGAUACAUCCCAGUGACGAUUCUGUCCUCUCGAGUGAACGACCACCUGUGCGACUGUUGUGACGGGAGUGACGAGUACAACAGUGGGAAGCAGUGUCCCAACACAUGUGUGGAGGAGAGACAGAAACAGAUGGAACAGUUCAAAGUGUUCAAUGAAGGAUACAGCAAGAGACAAGAGUUGAUAAAACAGGCCAAAAAGGACUUGGAAGAAAAGAAGAAGCAGUUGGAGGAGCUUGACAAAAAGCUGACUGCUGAGAGCGCCAAAUUGGAAACUCUUCUCAAGGUCAAAGAAGAGGCAGAAGCUCCUGAGAGGGAAGCGAAAGAUAAAUACGACCAAAUGAUUAAAGAACUGAAAGAAAAACACGCAAAUGAAGUCAUGAUUAAGAAAUCGGAAGAAGCAUUUAAGGAGAUUGACUCGGAUUCAAGUGGUGGUGUAUCUUUUGAGGAACUGAUUGCAUGCACUUCUAUAGAUGGACCAAACCAAUGUGGAGUAUCGGAGACUGAAGUGAAAGAAUGGUUCCCAAUUGACCUAACCAGUUUGGACAUUGAUGGGUUCCGGGAGUUUAUCUGGAAAGAAAAACUGGACAAACAUUUCAAAACUGCUGCUGAAAAACAACAAGAAACUUUGGAUGGUCAGAAAAUCGAAGAAGAAUCGCAUAAAGACGAGUUUGAUGAUUCGAAAACUAAUGAGGAUGAAAAUGAAGAUGAUUCUGAUUACGAUUUCCCAGAAGACCAUCCGAAACAUCCAGACAAUGUAGCCAAAUUGAAAGACCUCCCAAAAGAUGUUGAGGUCCCGCCAAUGAGCGACGAAGCUCAGAAGUUAAUUGAUGUCGCGAACGAAGCGCGUGCUAAAUUUAAAGACCAAGAAAAAGUGAAGCAAGAUUUAGAAAACCAGAAGAAUGAUAUUGAAAGAGACGUUGAACUAGAUGUUGGACCCGAGAAAGAGUUUUUGCAUUUGGUCAAACAGUGCUUCGACUACAAGGAAAAAGAAUAUACUUACACAUUCUGUGCGUUUGACCGAGGUGCUCAGAAGCCGAAAAGUGGAAGUGAGACUAAUCUUGGUAGGUGGGGCGAAUGGAGUGGACCGGCGCAUAAUAAGUACAGCCAGAUGAAGUUAACCAGAGGUCAGCGGUGCUGGAAUGGCCCGGACAGGUCUCUUACUAUCAAUUUCGAAUGCGGUCAAGAGGAUAAGAUCUUAAGCACUUCUGAACCGAGUAUGUGUGAAUAUGUGAUGCAGUUUUCAACGCCAGCUGCAUGCAACAAGCAAUAUGACUUCGAUCAUGAGCGAAGAGUCCACGAGGACCUGUAACUGUGGUUCAUUACAUAACUGAAACUGAGUGAUUGAUUUACGCGGAUGAUAUUGCAAUAGUUGGUGCGUGAUUUUUUCGGACGUUUUGAAGAAAAAACCAAUGAGCAUCUAAAUAUAAUUUAAGCAAUAUAAGCGAAAUGCUUUCAUUGACUCGAUUCAUUGACCUUGUGGCGCAUCGGUAGUGAUGGUGCCCAGCAAUCAUAUGAUUGCGGGUUCAAGUCGCACGCGCGUUGCAAUUUACAAGGUGAGCUCUUGUAAGAUAGCCAUAGCUUAGUUAACCUUAAAUAAUUAACCUUCGGGUUAGGACUCUGGCUGGUUAAGUAAAAAAAUAAAGCUUUGAGUUAAUUGACUUGCAAUUUCGCUUUUAUUUCAUAAGAAAUUAUAUUUCUUUCUGGUUUCGCUCAGCUAGUUUUUUUUCUUAUGAUUUAUUAUCAGAACCGGAAGCAACAACUAUCUUCUUAUUUUUUGAGACAAUUCUACGGUAUCUGUUGCUGUGGCUUGAUCUUUAUAGAGUCCGUCUAAAACAUUUGAAAAGUGUAGUUUUUAUCUGAAAAUACAACAUUGUGCCAACUAUUGUUGCAUAAAUCACCAAUUCGAAUGGCUAAAAUUACACAGGUUUUAUGUGAUGGGAGUAUUCUGUUUGAUGUUUUAUCAACUAUAUUUCAUUUCUGUAUGUUAAUUUGAAUAUAACCUAAUAAAGUGUCCAUAAUAAUUGCUUUGGGGAAUGAGAAAGAGAUGAACUUAAUCGGAUC